CAAUAAAUGCUUUACUACCAUCAGAGCACAGAACAUAUAAUCUCUUUGGCUUUGAGACAGUAUUAAUUAUGUUCAUCAUUUUCAGUUGUGAAGUUUUUCAAUGCUAUAAUUAAAGCUCUCAUUCAGAUCAUUCAGCUUGUUCUUGGCUUUUCAGUGACUAUUUCAUCGUUCCCCAUUUAUUCACUACAGGAUGACCUAGUCCAACUUCUUGGAUUCUUGAAGGAGUCAACAGAGAUAACUCUCUUUCAGGGAUCAGUUGAAGUAACCAUAGAUGGAACAAGAAUCAGGAGGAUCCAUGGUUCAGGAUGGGAGCAAUGUUGAGUCUAACCCAGAGAGUUUAGAUCACAUAGGAAAGGUGAGAAAGCUGCUGUUUCGUCGAAUGCUCAUAGGUAUUAAAGAUGGAAGGUUUUUCUUGGGAAACUUUUACUGCAUUGACAAGCAAGGAAAUAUCAUCCUUCAAGAUGCAGUAGAGUAUCGUAGCACUCGGCGUAGCUCACCUUCUCCAAUGGAACAACGGUGCCUUGGUCUUAUUCUUAUACCCAACUCUUGCCGUGUAUCCUGUCAUGUGGAUAGUACCAUUGAUGAACAAUUGGCAUUGCUAUCAGUUUAGCAAAUAUAAGAUGAAGCCUGAGAUUAAGAAGAGAUGAAAAAAAUGUGCACGCUUCUUUGAUGGAUUUGACUGUUUAUAUUGUUACAGAAAAAUUCUAAAACAUCUUGAUGUUUUUAGUGGAAAUAUGGGAUUAGGAAAUACGAUUUGUUUCUCUUAUGGAUAAGAUAUUGUCGCUUUCUUUAUUAAGUUGAAGAGUGGAUGCAAAGUAGGAGGAACCUUUGAAAAGAUUGUGGAAGAAACCCGAAGGCUUGAUAAAGUUAUUGUUUUUUAGGGAAAAUUAUCCCAAGUUUGGAAUAACAUGUGUUUCGUUAAAGUUUAAAAGAA